UAUAAUUUCGCAAACAUUACGCGCUAUUUGUAAGUACGUUAGGCCGUUAUGUAAAUUUCUGAAGAAACGAUCUUCUUAGAGUGUCGUCUCUCUUUCUCUCUCUCUUUCCCCCUCCCCAUACCCCAAAAUUGAAGCGAGGACGGCCACUGCCGGAAUCUGCCCAGCGCUGUUCGCCAAAGAUCGGAGCUCUCUCGUACCAUAAUUCCAGCGGGCAGGAUAUCAGGGGGCCAGAGCCUUCAGGCCAGUUGAGUUUUCAACAAGGUAGCCAUUGAAGGCAUAUUCAUGCUAUUUGAUAUGGAGUUGGCUACUAAAUUUUCAUGGCGUGGUAGAUGAUGACGGGCUUCCCUGACAUUGGAACUUCAAAAUUUACUGCUGGAAGUUCUUCUGAUUCUUGUAUCAAGGACUGUCCCUUGGGUACCACUAGUUCAAAGAACAAGGCUCACAAUAAAUCUAUUUGGUCAACCUUAUUUUCCUCCACUUUUACUGCCUUUAAUGCAUAUAAGGAGUCAUCCGGGGAGAAGUCGAAGGGUUAUAAAGUUAGGAAUGAUGGUUGGAGUACAACUGUAAGGAAAGCUCUAACUUGCAACCCAAUGAAGCGCUUCCAGGAACGUAUUCUUGGGUUCAACAAACCUGGUAUUUCUAGCUAUACCAGUGAAAUAUGGCUGCUGGGAGUCUGCUAUAAGAUUUCACCUGAGGGACAGACAAGUGAUACAAAUAAGAGUGAUGGAUACAUUGCAUUCCUGCAAGAUUUUUCCUCAAGAAUCCGAAUGACAUAUCGCAAAGGUUUUGAAGCCAUUGGCGAUUCAAAGUUCACCAGUGAUGUUAACUGGGGUUGCAUGCUUAGAAGUAGUCAGAUGCUUGUUGCUCAGGCGCUGCUUUUCCACCACUUGGGAAGGUCUUGGAGAAGGCCAAUUGAAAAGCCAUUCAAUGGGGAAUAUAUCAAGAUUUUGCAUCAUUUUGGCGACUCUAGAUCAUCUGCCUUUUCGAUCCACAACCUACUUGAAGCUGGGAAAGUGUAUGGCCUAGUUCCUGGUUCUUGGUUAGGACCAUAUGCUAUGUGUCGUGCGUGGGAAUCUCUUGCUUUUACUAAAAGGGAACUUGAUGAUCUUGAAGAAGAGAAUAUAUCCUUGCCCAUGGCUAUGUACAUUGUUUCUGGUGAUGAGCAUGGGGAAAGAGGUGGAGCACCUGUUGUUUGCAUUGAUGAUGCUGCUAGACUUUGUUCAGAAUUCUUGAAUGGUCAAGGAACAUGGGCCCCUCUUCUUCUGUUGGUCCCUUUGGUUCUUGGACUUGAUAAAGUUAACCCAAGGUAUAUACCUUCACUAUGUGCAACUUUCACGUUUCCUCAAUCCCUUGGUAUAUUGGGUGGAAAACCUGGAGCCUCGACUUACAUUGUUGGAGUGCAAGAUGAACAAGCAAUAUACCUGGAUCCCCAUGAAGUUCAACCACAGGUGGUUGAUAUUUCAUGUAAUAAUCCAGAUGCUGAUCCUUCUUCAUACCACUGCAGUGUUGUCCGCCAGAUGCAUCUGAACAUGCUAGAUCCGUCUAUAGCCAUUGGAUUUUAUUGUCGAGAUAAAGAUGAUUUUGAAGACUUCUGUGUUAGGUCAGCAGAUCUUGCGAAUCAGUCAAAUGGUGCACCUUUGUAUACUGUUUCACAGGCUUCGAGUUCAUCUAGAAGAGCACACAAAGAUAAUUUGAUGGAUUCAUUGGAUAAUGUAGAUGGUUUUGCAGUGGAUGAUCAUAAUGUGAAGAUGGAUAGCACUUCCAACGGGGAUGACUGGCAAUUGUUAUGAUGUGUUCAGGCCUUAUGCAAAAGACAGUAUUCAUAUUAUUAUUGGAUUCCUUCUGCACUUAAUUUGAUAUGCUUCAUACAUCUUCGGAAGUGUUUUUAUGUAUAACGUGAUUGUGCCAAUGAAGGAAAGAAUAUGACUAGCUGUGGCUCUUAGAGUUCCAUGUGCAUUGAUUUGUAGGGCAUUUGCUAUAUUUUCCUUUUGAAGGGAUUUGUAGCGCAAUUGAUA